AUGAUAGGGUGGGGGGACGUGUACAGGGUGGCGGCCGCCAUGGCGCCGCUCUACUUCGCCCUCGGCCUCGGCUACGGCUCCGUGCGGUGGUGGAAGCUCUUCACCCCGGACCACUGCGACGCCGUCAACCGCCUCGUCGUCUACUUCGCCUUUCCGCUCUUCGGCUUCGACUUCACCGCCCGCGCCGGCUCCUUCGCCGCCGGCUACCGCGUCCUGGCGGCCAACGCCGUCGCCAAGCUCAUCGUCGUGCUCGCGCUCGCCGGGUGCGCCGCCGCCCGGCGCGCCAAGGCCGCGACGCGCCGCGGCGGCGGCAGCGCGCCCUCGUCCUACUCCUGGUGCAUCACCGGCUUCUCGCUGGCGGCGCUCAACAACGGGCUCCUCGUGGGCGUGCCGCUGCUGGACGCCAUGUACGGCAAGUGGGCGCGCGACGUCAUCGUGCAGCUCUCGGUGCUGCAGGCCGUCGUCUGGCUCCCGCUGAUGCUGGUCGUCUUCGAGGCGAGGCAGGCCUGGCUGGAGGUGACCCCGGAGCCGGCUGAUCAAGGCGCCGUCGCGCGCGAAGAAGGCGACCUGCAGGAGGCGCCGGGGAGCGACGUCCACCGGCCAGCAGCAGCCGGAGAUGGCCGGAAAAUGGCGGCGACGGGGUGCGCGUUCUGGGCGCCGCUUCUGCGAGCGGUCGUGGUGAAGCUCGCCCGCAACCCCAACGUGUACGCCAGCCUCCUUGGGGUCGCGUGGUCUUUCGUGGCAAACAGGUGGCACCUGAAGAUGCCAAGCAUCAUAGAUGGCUCCAUCGCGAUCAUGUCAAAGACCUGCAUUGGAAUGGGAAUGUUCAGCAUGGGCAUGUUCAUAGGACUACAAGACAAGUUUAUUGUGUGUGGACUAGGCUUGACCGCGUUGAGCUUGGUGUUGAGGUUCAUCGUGGCACCGGCCGCCACCGUAGCUGGAGCCCUAAUUUUAGGACUCCGUGGUGACCUUCUACGUGUUACUAUCUUGCAGGCUGCACUGCCACAGUCAGUCGCAACAUUUGUCUUCUCACGAGAGUAUGACCUGCAUGCUGGUGUACUUAGUACCGCGAUUAUAGUCAGCACACUGGCUUCGUUGCCUGUGUUAACCGCAUAUUAUCUUGUUUUAGGGCUUGUAAUAUAG